UUAGUAGGUUUGGCUUUCUGUAUUUUAUGGGCGAGGGGUUAAAUAAAGAUGUCUCUUCUUGGAAAGCUAAAGACAGCCAUAAAAGGGAACCCUGUACUGAGAGAAUAUGAGUUAGGGAAGCAAGUGGCCAGUGCCGGUCCUGGCCUGUUGUGGAAGGUUUUUAAUGGAGAGAAAAAGUCGACCAAACAAGCAGUUUCUGUUUUCAUAUUUUACAAGACGGCACCCGAGCUAGAAAAAGUACCUAAAAAGGAGCGCGAAGCUUUGUUUGAGCUACUUAAGAAAGGCCCGACUCAUUUAGCCAAGUUCCGCCAUCCAAAGAUACUAACAGUAGACCAUCCUGUCGAGGAAUCAAGUGAUUGUCUUGCAUUUGCAACUGAGCCAAUUGUAGCUAGUCUUGCCAAUGUCCUUGGUUACUAUGCCAAUCUCCCAUCUCCUCUACCUCCUGAUAUUAAGGAGUACCAGGUCCACACAUUAGAGGUUCACUAUGGUCUCCUCCAGUUGGCUGAAGGUCUCAAUUUCCUACAUAAUAACGUUAAAAUGAGACACGGUAACCUCUGCAUCGACAAUAUCACUAUUAGCACUAACGGAGACUGGAAACUGGCCGGCUUUAACUUUGCCAGUUCUAUUGAGUCAGAGACUCCAGGCUACUCAUUCAAGGAGACUAAGGCAUUCCCAUUGCAUCCAACCCUCAACUACCUAGCACCAGAAGUUGUUCUCUCAAACACUGUCAAUGAGAAAUGCGACCUCUACUCAUUUGGAAUGCUAAUAUUUGCUAUUUAUAAUUCAGGGAAACCUCUUUUUGACUGCAAGGACAACCUUAGAACGUACAAGCAGAAUAUCGAGAUGACUAGUCGAAUAUCAGAGUCUAUGCUUGGGGAUACUCCUUUCCCUCUCCGCUCUCUAGUGAGGUCUUUGUUGACUAUUGAACCUUCUGUCAGGCCCGACUCACUACAAAUAGCUAAGCAUGAGUUCUUUGAUGACGUGUUAGUUAAUGGGUUGAGAUACAUCGAGACUUUAGUUGAGAAAUCAGACAUUGACAAGUCACAGUGGUUCAAGGGAAGCCUCAGUCGUAUCAUAACAAAGUACCCAAAAAGGCUGUUGCAUCACAGAAUACUACCAGCACUUGGGAUGGAGUUUCGUAACCACAAGAUGAUCCCGUUUGUUCUUCCAUUAGUUUUGUUGAUAGCUGACGAUUGCUCCAUUGAAGAAUACAGCACACUAGUGUUACCAAUAUUGAUACCGGCCUUUAGGAUACAUGAUCCCAUACAGAUUCCUCUUAUCUUCCUUCAAAAAAUGGACCUACUCCUCAAGCUGACUAACCCUGAAGAGAGAAGACAGCACUUGCUGCCAAUGAUACUAGGAGCAAUGGAGUCAUCUAGUAGUCAAGUACAGGAAUUGUGUAUGAGUAUAUUGCCAACAUUUGCUGACAUGAUUGACUAUACAUCAAUGAAGCACUCCAUCAUACCAAGGAUCACUGAGAUAUGUGUUAAAUCAUCGUCAGAAUCAUUGAGGAUUAAGAGUCUAGUGGCAGUUGGACAAAUGCUAGACUCUCUGGAUAAAGGUAUGAUUCAUGAGAACAUAAUCCCAGCUGUAUAUCAGAUACGAUCAAGAGAGCCCGGUGUGCUGAUGGCUAUAUUAGGGAUUAUUCAUAAGGCCUUUACCAGUCAGACUUUAGGAUUUGAUAAGAAGCAAUUGGCUUGUAAGAUAUUGCCAUUUCUUAUUCCACUCUCUAUUGAGAAUAGUCUGAAUGUGACACAGUUCAAUCAGUUUAUGAUGGUCAUUAAAGAGAUGUUGAAGAAGAUAGAAUCAGAUCAAAGAGUUCAUUUAGAGCAACUGGCAAAGAUGGAGGAACAGACCAAGUCAACUGUCAGUUUUGCAAAGGAAGUGUCUGAUGCUAAAGCAAUGGAAGAAGCCACUCGACAGAUUGAGAACAAAUUCGGAGGAGGAAAAGAAGACAGUGUAAUCUCUAAACUUGGCAGUACUACGUCAUCACAUACACACAAUGUUCCAUCUCAUUCUACUAGUGGACUCUCCUCAUCCCCAGCUAUUUCCUCCAAGCACACCACCACUGUUGAUGAUAUAUUUUCUGGAUUGGAUCUCAAUGAUAUCAAAAUGUCUGCCAAUACUCCAUCACCUUCUCAAGUAACUAGGAAAAUCGAUUUCAGUGAAGCUAAAGCCACACCCUCUUUUGCCACUUGGGAUGUACCUUCGGCCUCUUUGACUCCGCCUAUCAAUAGAUCAUCUGUAAAUACUCAUUCUGAUUCUAUUGGUAUGGGAACAAAACCUCCAAGUACUGGAAUGGGUUGGUCUAGUAGUAUUACAACACAGAGUCGUUCUGAUACUGGUGGAAUGGGAAUGAUGCAACCAGCACAGACUCAUUCUAAUAAUAGUGGAAUGGGAAUGGGACUAAUGCAACCAGCACAGAAUCGUUCUGAUACGAGUGGAAUGGGAAUCAUGCAACCAGCACAGACUCAUUCUGGCAGUAUGGGAACUGGAAUUGGAUGGUCUUCUAAUAUUGAAUCUCAACCUACCAGCAUGGGAAUGGGAUUAAUGCAGCCAAUGCAGAGUGGUUCCAGUGGUAUGGGAAUGGAAACAUUACAACCAACUCAGACGAACACUGGGUGGUCAUCAAACAUACAGACUGGAAGCAUGGGAAUGGGACAGUCGAACACCGGUAUGGGAAUAUUGCAGCCUAGUCAAACCAAUACUAGCAGUACAGGAAUGGGAUGGUCUUCUAGUAUUAAUCCACAAAAUAAUAUGCAACCAGUAGGGGGCAGUAUGGGAAUGGGAGGAUCUCAAUCUGGUAAUAUGGGAAUGGGAGACUCUCAACCUGGAAGUAUGGGAAUGGGAGGCUUUCAAUCUGGCAGUAUGGGAAUGGGAGGAUUUCAAUCUGGCAGUAUGGGAAUGGGAGGAUCUCAAUCUGGCAAUAUGGGAAUGGGAGGAUCUCAAUUCAGCAAUAUGGGAAUGGGAGGAUCUCAAUCUGGCAGUAUGGGAAUGGGAGGCUCUCAAUCUGGCAGUAUGGGAAUGGGAGGCUCUCAAUCUGGCAGUAUGGGAAUGGGAGGAUCUCAAUUUGGUAGUAUGGGAAUGGGAGGAUCUCAAUCUGGCAGUAUGGGAAUGGGAGGGUCUCAAUCUGUCACAGGAUGGUCGUCAAAUAUUGAGUCUCAGUCUCCUAGUGUUGGUCUAAUGCAACCAGUACAGACUCAUUCUGGUUCCAGUAGUACGGGAGUGGGUCUAUUACAGCCAAUGCAGACUAACAGUAUGGGGAUGCUACAGCCAUCACAGCCUCAUACCAGUACUGGCAGUAUGGGAAUGGGUCCUGCUCCUGGAGCCAACCCUUUUGCUAAUUUUGGAGGAACUAGCCUUUUAUAAUAACUUGUCUGUUUUUAUGAUUUUUGUAUCUUUUAUUGUUAUUAUUAAAAUACAGUUUCGAUUAUUAUUAUCAAUAAUAUGGAGAAACUAAGUUGUCAUUAUUAUUAUUAUUACAUAAUAUUAUGCUAUAACACUGUGAUGCACAUUUCAAUA